GAACAUAAUGGCCAAGGCUCAAACCCCAACGCACAGGCCGAUGUGAAGGGCGGGACAGAGCAGCGCAUGCGCUCUGGAUCUCGGAAUUAGGUCUUUGAGAUGAGGGGUCUGUUUCAGAGGAGGGGGUGGAGGAACGCGCACGGACUGCUGGGAUCUCUCUCCUCGCCUCCCCUCCCCAGUUCAGUCCUCCCACUUCCCGGCAUGCUUUGGGUUCUCCAAAUGGGAGGGGGAGACGCAAGAUGGCGGCAGCCGCGAACUCAGGCUCUAGUCUCCCGCUGUUCGACUGCCCGACUUGGGCAGGUAAACCCCCACCUGGUUUACAUCUGGAUGUAGUCAAAGGAGACAAGUUAAUUGAGAAACUGAUCAUUGAUGAAAAGAAGUAUUACCUGUUUGGGAGAAACCCUGAUCUAUGUGAUUUUACCAUUGAUCACCAGUCUUGCUCUCGAGUCCAUGCUGCCUUGGUCUACCACAAGCAUCUGAAGAGAGUUUUCCUAAUAGAUCUCAACAGUACACACGGCACAUUCUUGGGUCACAUUCGAUUGGAACCUCACAAGCCACAGCAGAUCCCCAUCGACUCCACAGUCUCAUUUGGUGCAUCUACCCGGGCAUACACUCUUCGUGAGAAGCCUCAGACAUUGCCAUCAGCCGUGAAAGGAGAUGAGAAGAUGGGUGGAGAGGAUGAUGAACUCAAGGGCCUACUGGGCCUCCCAGAAGAGGAGACUGAGCUUGAUAACUUGACAGAGUUCAACACAGCCCAUAACAAACGGAUUUCCACUCUCACCAUUGAGGAAGGGAAUUUGGACAUCCAGAGACCAAAGCGGAAGCGGAAGAACUCUAGGGUAACGUUCAGUGAAGAUGAUGAGAUCAUCAAUCCGGAGGACGUGGAUCCUUCUGUUGGCAGAUUCAGAAACAUGGUACAGACUGCAGUGGUCCCAGUCAAGAAGAAACGUGUCGAGGGCCCUGGCUCCCUCAGUUUGGAGGAGUCAGUAAGCAGGCGCAUGCAGAACUUUCCAUUCAGCGGAGGAUUGUAUGGGGGUCUGCCCCCUACCCACAGUGAGGCAGGCUCUCAGUCACAUGGCAUCCAUGGGACUGCGCUCAUUGGUGGCCUGCCCAUGCCCUACCCAAACCUCGCUCCAGAGGUGGACUUGACCCCUGUGGUGCCAUCAGCAGUGAAUAUGAACCCUGCACCAAAUCCUGCGGUCUACAAUCCUGAAGCUGUAAACGAGCCCAAGAAGAAGAAAUAUGCAAAGGAGGCUUGGCCUGGCAAGAAGCCCACACCCUCCUUAUUGAUUUGAUAUUUUUGGUCCUGGGGUGGGGUGGGAACUGGGUGGAAGGGUGGUUUGGGGGGCUAAUGAACUGAGGAAAAAAAAUUUUCCAUAUGUGCAGUAUCGUCUUUCAGAAUGUCUCUUGGUGUCCUAACCAUGUAAUUUUAAGACUGGGGCUGGGGCUGGGGUUGAAAUAUCCCGUUAAAGAUCUGUCUUCAGAAUGCUUUCUAUGUAUAGAAAUUUAUUUCAUGCAUCCUUUGAGCUAAACUGCCUAGCCAUCUUUUCUCCAGUCCCUUCAACCUCCCUUUUAGGAUCAUUUUUUUAUUUGAAGUUUUUAUAUAUAUAUAUAUAUAUGUAUAUAUAUAUAAAAAUUUGUAAUGAACACCAGGCCCUCGUCUCUGAAAAUUCAAGAUGAGUUGGAUGGCCAUAUGGCAGGAAAGCUGCUGGUGUUACUGAUGAUGUAGGUCAUGUGACCUGAUUUGUAUUUGCUGUACCUAAAAUACCCAGAUAGUUUUGAUUUUAAUGAAUUUCCCCUGUGACAGUAGGGGUCUCAUGGAUUAUAGGCUGGUCAGAAGAGGGUUCUAAAGCUCUUCAUGGGAACCUUAUUUAGGUUUAAACUUUAAGCUUUUC